AUGUCAAAAAAAUUAAAACGUGAAAUCACAAAAAUAUAUCUCUGUUUAUUAUUGAUUAGACCCACAUUCUCAAGAAACGAAUAUUUGCCACCGCCAAUACCGAAAUCGACGGAAUCCUAUCCUCUGGAAUCAACACAGACUAACGUUUCCGUCUACAAAUAUGAUUAUGAUCCGGCAAAUGAAUUAGAUUUCAGUGAAAGCCAUAAGGAAAGUCCACCCAAUAAAGAUCUGAAACCAUUACAGUCUGAAAAUCGAAAUUUACCUUUACUCAAAUUACCAACUAGUUAUCAGCGGCAGCUUACCACAGUAUUUGAAGGUAAUACAUUGGAAUUUGAAUUUCCCUCUGAAAAAGAUCGAAAAACUGCUCUCAAAGAUGGACGAUACAAUCCGAAUAGUAUUCUGCCCAUAGAUGUGGAUGUGUAUUCACCAAAUGAUAGCAGUAAAACUCAAGUGUUUCUGACAAUCCCUCGUUUCGAUAGAGGUCCUCCAUAUUCAUUGGGUCGAGUUCGCAAUGAUCCAGGUCAGAGUGGAAUAGAAUUGGAAGCAUAUCCCGAUUACUCAUGGCACAGUUCAUAUGGGGCCAAUUGUAAAGGCUUGACCUCGGUUUAUAGAGUCAUGAUUGAUCCCUGUAAUCGCAUGUGGAUAUUGGACAGCGGUGAAAUUGGUCGUAAUCACACCUGCAAUCCACAAAUUGUGGUCUUCGAUAUACCCAGUCAUAAAGAGGUUCAUCGUUAUGUAUUUCCAUCUAAAGUCUUUGUCAAAGAUUAUAGUCGCCUGGUCACAAUUGUGCUUGAUGUUGCCGAUCCUCCACCCAAGGGUCGCUGUGAAAAAACAUUUGCCUAUAUGGCUGAUGCAACCUCUUUCGCCCUGGUUGUUUACGAUCUUGCCAAACGAGAUUCAUGGCGUAUUGAAAAUCGAUUUACAUAUCCAAAUCCACAUUUCAGCAAACACACUGUAGCUGGUGAAAGCUUUGAACUAUUGGAUGGUGUUUUCGGCAUGUCAGUAACCCCUCGAGAUUUAGGCAUGCAACGCAUGUUGUAUUUCCAUUCGUUGAGUAAUGAUCUGCUGGCAUCGGUACCCCUGGAUGUACUCAAUAAUGGUAGUAAUUUUCGUGUGGGAGAUAUAUCGGCGAGGUUAAGUGAUUUUCGUGCUGUUGGUCAAAGAGGUGUACAGUGCACCGUAUCGGCAAUGACACCUCAAGGCUAUUUAUUAUGUGGCUUCUUAAAUCCAAUUGGAAUUGUUGGUUGGGAUAUACGGAAACCUUAUACACCGGAGAAUCGCAUAACUUUGGCGGAAAAUUCUAAAACCUUGCAAUUUAUUGGUGGUUUGAAAAUUGUCCGCAAUGCUCGGGGUAAACUUGAGGUUUGGAUGCUAUCAAAUCGAGCCCAGAAAUUCUUUAGUGGUACAAAUAAUUUAAAAGAAAUCAAUUAUCGUAUUUUGAAAUGUGGCCUUAAUGAAUUGUUGUUAGGUUUGCCGUCAUUGAGUAGUUUUACCCAUCGUUGGAUGCCCGCGCACAAUGCCAGUGGGAUGAAACCCCUUUUUCGUUCACUUUGUAGUAGCAACACUAUCAAGCUAUUUGAAAUGUUUAAAUUCAAAAUUUUUGUUUUAUUUGAAAUUAUUUUACCAAAUGUCCUCGUAUUUGCAAGUGAUAAUGUCAGUCGUUUGAAAGAGCGUGAAUUUUUUACAUUACACAAAUGGACGAAGGGAAUUGAAUUAACAUUCCCCAGUGAAAGUGAACGCAGUGCAGCCAUAAGUGCCGGUUAUUAUGACUUAAAUCGAAUACAAUUACCAGUGGAUAUUGAUAUUGAUUAUAUAGAAAAUAAUGUUCAUCGAACAUUUCUAACGAUUCCACGGCUAAAUUUUGGAGUCCCAUAUUCAUUGGCCACAAUUUGGGAGAAUGAUCACAAAACUCAAUUAAAUCCCAAAGUGCAGGCAUAUCCUAAUUAUGUAUGGCAUCACAGUCAUGGAACAAAUUGUUCUGCCAUAACAUCCGCCUUAAGGACAUAUAUUGAUGAAUGUCAACGUUUGUGGGUACUCGAUUCGGGACAAAUCAAUUCCCUACAGUGGUGUCCACCACAAAUUUUACUUUUCAAUCUGACAACAGAUAAUUUAAUUCAACGCUAUGUGUUACCUUCGAAUAACUACAAAGCUGGUAUUUCCGUUUACACCGAUAUGGUUGCAGAUGUGGCGUCGACGGAUACAUGCAGCAAUACCCGUGUGUAUAUAUCUGAUGCAUGGGGCCAUGGCUUGAUCGUGUACGAUAUGCUGAAACAUAAAUCUUGGCGCAUUGAACAUGAUCUCAUGAAACCGGAUAGAACGCUGAUCAAUAAUGCCCACGAUGGCAUAUUCACUGUCAGUUUGAGUCCAAAGAAUACUAAAUUACAAGAACGUUAUCUUUACUUCCAUUCAUUGAACAGCUUCAAUGAAGUUCGAAUUCCUUUGCAUUUGAUUAACAACGAAUCGUUGUGGUACUAUCCAAAAGAGAAUUUAGCUACGGCCAAAUAUUUUACAGUAUUGGGUUCACGUGGUACCCAAUGUGAGUCGGAGAUAAUGGAUGACUAUGGCAAUCUCUAUUGUACGCUUAUCGGUUCAAAUGCAUUGGUCAGUUGGAAGGAGGGUCGCACAUAUUCUGCGGAUAAUUUAAAUGUCGUAGCUUAUGGGCCACAGCAAUGGCGUUUCAUUACGGGUUUGAAAUUAACAAAAUAUCAGCAGCGGCAUCAGGAAUUGUGGGCACUGAGUACAGAACCGAAGCUCUUCAUGGGUAAUGCCAUGCCAAAUGACCGAGUCAUGUAUCAAAUUAUUGGUUGUCGCUUAAAAAAUUUGCUACGCAAUGAACGGUGUACUGUGGGAGUAAUGGAUUUUGAAAUAUCAAAUCGUAUUUAA